AGUUUUGUGAUGGCAUUGCUAUUGUUCGUUGGGAAUUACUAAAACACUUCUUCAUUUCCGUAAUAUAUCUGAAACUAAAUGCACUGCAUAGUGCAAAAUAUAGCUUACUGUAAAAUUUUGUGGAUUUCAAGUAGAUCUUAUCAAGUUUUUACGCUACCAAUUAAAAAUUCUGUAUAUGAAUAAAACGUGUCAUUCAACAUUUCAUACCAAAUUUUUCAGACUGCAUUAUAUUUAAAUUUUAUUACCGAUCUUCGUGUGCUUCAUCUUAGAAGUUUGGUUUUGUGAGCAAAUGUUAAACGGCUGAAAUGACGACUAAACAUAUUGGGUACUCCAAUCCACGAAAUUUCAAAGAGAAGAUAGAACUUCUCAAAAUGAAAGAAGCGGCGUCAACAGCAAACUUUGCUGCUGCUAUGAGAGACGCCCAGGAGAUCUGCAAGGUAUGUUGUCACACCAUUUGGCAUUACGAUUUUACAUUCAGAUUGCACAUGCCUACGACGGCCUUCCAUUAUCACUUGAUCAUAAUAAUUUAUCUGGAAGUGUCCAGAAUCGCUCGGGAAUCUUAAAAGCAUACUCCCUGUCUAAUAUUAGUAAUACUGACUAUCAGACGUUAAAGACUGGCGAUAACUCUAGUCAGGAAACCCCGUUCUUCCAAAAAGAUAUGCCGGUCGAUCAUAAAGAUAUACAUGGCUCCAGUGUAUCUAGUUCUCAUACCGGUGUAUAUCCAUCAGCAUCAAAUAUUCAUGAUGAACGAGUUGUUCAAAGACUACUACCUAGUAGUAAUGUACCAAUUAAAGAAACUAUUCCGGUUAAAUUAGAUGAAGAAUUAUCGCAAAAGUCUCAAAAUCCAAAUGUUUGUCCAUUUUUGUAUGAUCCAAUUGGUUCAAAAACUACUACAACAACAACUACAACACCUGAUACAUCUCAUCAUUUACAUGAACGAAAUACUUUUAUUCAUGAUACUGAUUAUGCAUCAUCUGAUAAUUACUUGUCAUCCUCUUGGUCUACUAUUCCACCUACACAACAUUCUGCUCCUAAAAGUUGUUUAGAUAAUUGGAAUAAUGAAUGUUCCAGUGUUGCAGUUGUUAGUCAACAUCAUAUUCAAAAGAAUUUUAAUUUAUUUACAAAUACUAAACCAUACCAUCAUAGUUUACAACCAAAAUCACAUAUUUCUACAAAUCCUUAUUUAUUUUCUACAUCACAUUCAAAUGUUGAAGUAGCAUCUACUACUAGUUUACUUACACAACAAUCAUCAUUAACGAAUUCAAGUCAAUAUACAUGUGAAUCAGGUUAUUUUAGUGCUGGUAUAUGUACACCAGUUGGAUUUCGAAGUUUUCCUCCUACAAAUUCUUUACAACAUCAAUUGAAAACACCAUUUUCUGCUAAUAUUACUGAACAGAUUAGACAAGCUCAAACACCAUAUUCAGUGGUUGAUUGGCGCAGGACUGCUUCUGAUUCAUCUAUCCACCAUACAUUAUCAGAUAUUCAAUUAAAUCCAAUUGAACAAUAUACAUAUGGUCCUGGGAAGACAGAAAAGUCACAUGUUUUAAGUCCUAGGUCUAUCAUGUCCAGUGAUCAUUACUUCAGGCCAGCAUGUAAAUUGAGAGGAGUUGAAGAGGAAGAGACUUCAAAUAUUUUAACACCUAUGGAUGAUACAGAUACUAAGCGUGCUUGUAUUAUUCGACGUCAUCGUGAUACUCAUCUACUGGACAAUAGUCAUUUAGUUCAUACGGAACUACCAAGAAAUGAAUCUCAUCUAAUGCCAGCAAAAAGACCCUAUACAUGUUCAACAGAGUCGCAGUCAUCAAACGGAUUUGACCCAGUUGCUUGUGAGAUGAAAAUGUGCACACCGCAUAUGGACAACAGUGGUAGUACUAUGGAAAAGAAAAACAUUGAUUCCACUGUCGAUACAGCAUUGAAACAUCACAAAAGUUGGAAAAUUCGUUCUAGUGUUUAUAAUCCUCAUAGUUUAGAACAACCAAUGAAUAAAUCAAUUUAUCCAUGUGUGUCCAAUAAAAAUAAUAAUACAAUAACAACAAAUUCAAAGUAUUCCGAACUCAUUGAUCCAUCUUCUCUACUAUCAACCUCAUCAUCUCAUAGUUUUCAUUUCAAUCAAGAUCAUUAUUCCUUUGGUGGUACACAUCUACACAAUUUACCUUUACAGCAUGCAGAAUCACAUAGAGGUAAUCUGGUUAAUAUGUUGAGUGCAAGUGGAGAAGUUGCUAGGAGUGGAACAACUGGCUCAAGUGGUGUUGGCAUUUGUGGCAGUGGCGGUGGAAACAAUAGUAAUAUUCAAGACAGUACAACAACAGAUGAUUUAUUUCUUCGUAACACUAGUACUGGUAAUAAUGAUUUGGAUGAAUACUUACAACUCCCUAAUUUAAUUUGUAAGGCGGAUGAGUCUACCAAUCAUUUUGCUGGACGACGUGACAGUUGUACUAUGACUGCAGAAAUACUUUCCACUUUGGCUAGUUUUCGAGAAGAAAUGGGAGAGUUUGGUGAUGGAAAAGUUCAUUCAGAUAUUAUUCCUGCUAGUUCCAAUUUUGGUCCCCAUUUCGUUCAUAUACCCAAUCGUACCGGUGUAUAUAAUCCAAUGCAUAACGAUGAUACCAAUCCUAUUAAAAAUGUUGUCAAACAGAAAACUACUCAUAUACACAAUAGAAUGAUACCUUCUAACUCCUUAAUGCAUCCUACUACUGCUACUACUAUUACUAAUAGUAAUAGUACUACUACCACUACUGCUAUUACUAAUACUAAUACUACUGCCACUACUACUACUACUAGUAGUAGUAGUAAUAUUUAUACAGUUGAUCGAUGUAGACUUCAAAGUGCGCAUUUUAUUCAAAGUCAUGGUGGAGAGAUUAACAACAAUGGAAUGUUAACAAAUUCUUCUACACCAACUAUUUAUUCUUCAUGUGUACAUCAUGUUGGUGAUAAAAUUGGCAUAUCUAUGUCACCAAAUGAUUAUCGCCUUUUAACUGAUCCUAGAUUAGUAAAUUAUGUAACUGAUAAAGAAACUGAAGCGAAAAUAAUCAAUCAAUAAUUGUAAUAUUAUUAAUAAUGUUCUUCUUGUGAAUAAUAGUAAUCAUUCAUCACGUAUUUAAUUCAUAUUGUAUUACCCCGGUGUGUGUGUGUGUGUAUUGGCUUGUUUGUGUUUAUUUUUCAUUCAGUGUGUAUGAGUUUUUUUUGUUUUUGUGUUGACAAGCUUCUUUAUAUUCCUAUACAACAACAUCAACAACAGUCCUAUAAUCAUCAAAAUGUAUCCAGUAUGGAUAGUUCAACAAUUUGUUUUUCUAUACAAACUAUUUAUUUGAUUGAUUAGUUGAAUUAAACUUUAUUGUUCAUAUCAAAUAUUUCAUUUAUGAAUGAUUAAUUGAAUACCGCCUUGUUAUCCCAUUCUAUAGAUCAAAUCAAACAACAUACAUACACAGAGAUACACUUAUUAGUUACAUGCGCCAGUCAACUCUCUCUGUUUCUCUCUCUCGAUAUUUAUACAUUUGACAACUGAUUAGGGUUGUUACUUCUUUGCUGAAUGAUUGAUGAAUUAAUUGAUUCAUUUAUUCACUUACACUCAUUAGUAUUGGUACAAUAUACUUUCUUCUUUUAAGUGUUUUCAUUGAAUGUCCUCUUCAUAUAUUCGUCUUUGUAUCUUCUUGUUAUCUAAUUAUUUCAUGUAGUAUGUGUUUAUGUUGUUGAUAUUGAUAAUGUUGUGUUGUUUUGUCAACCGAUUCAUUCAUUAUAAUUUAUCUGCUAUUCAAUAUUCUUGAUGACACUGGUAAAAGUAUGCAUAUAUAGGCAAACAUACUCAUAAAUGCAUAUAAAGUAUAUAAGUAUACACACAACAAGAACAACAUUUUCGAGUCUACUCAUGAAUAUACUAUUGGUGAUUGUUCCUUCAUUCUUGUUUAUUUCUGUCUCUUAGUAAAACUGCUACUUAUUUCCAUCUCUCUCUCUCUCUAUCUAUCUCAAUCCCCUCCUCUUUCAUUUAUUCUGUACUUUUCUUUCUCAUCGAUUCAUCUAUUUACCUAUCUAUAUAUAUUGAUCAACUGAUCGAUCAUUAGAUUGAUUGAUUUUACUGUUCCCGGUUAACACCUACCACCUAUUAGUUAUUAUUGUCAAGGUAUUUUGUUUUGAGCAUCUUUUUAUAUUUUUUUUCUUCCUAUAACCCAUUAACCUUUUAUUUUUGUCUCUUGGUGAUCGAUAUAUAUAUAUAGUUACAUUGGUUUUGUCUUGUCUCUAUACACACAUACUUCGAUAUUUGAACGUAUCCAGGUGAAUUUUUUUUUCUUUAUGUGUAUAUGUGUAAUAUGUGUACUGGUUACUAAUAUUUGUUGAUUAGUAAUUCUAUUCCCGGUCAUCAUCUUAAAAAAAGAUCCUUUUUCCUUCUUCUUCUUCUUCUUCUACUUCUUCAUUAAAACUUUCUGAUCAUUAUUGAUCAUUAGUGUUAAUGGAUUGUUUUGUAUUCGAUUUCUUCUAUGACUAUUAUCAAUAAUAUUUAAUAAUAUAAUCGAUAGAAUUGGUGUUAUUACUUCCUUAUUUACUUGUUUUAACCUCUUGCCAUUAUUAUUAUUAUUAUUACUGUAUUUCUGUACGAUUCGUAGUAGUACCAUUUACUAUACAGACAUUAUUGUACUACUUUGAUCAGUGAUUUAUUUAUUUAUUCAUUCAUUUAGACGUUGACUUUUACUACUUCUCGGUGGUGGUUCUUUUUUGUAAUUUUAAAGAAAAGAAAAGGAAAGUAAAUAAAAAAAAUCGCACAAUGUUUAUGAUUCAUUGAGUUAUGUGUAUAUAUAUGAAUGUGUGUUUGUGUGUGUGUUCAUGACUGUCGGUUGUGUAUGAAUAGUGCUGUACGGGUUUGCACAUACAUGAGUAGAUGCUUCUAUUCUCUAACUGAUCUUAUCAUCGGU